UGGUCGGCACUUGUCGGACAUAAUAAAGAACCUACCGUGGCGCGGACAUCGAUUCGGACCACUGAGGUCAACAAGAUCCGGGACCGUCGCCCGCAGCGGUAUAAUCUGGAGCAGCUCAAGGAUCCUGAGGUUGCCUGACGAGGGUGAACUCGCCGAAUGUCAGACGAUUUGGGACGAGAUGAAACCGGCGCGGGACAGGUGGCUGCUGCAUAACACACGUGGGAACAAGGAGUCGUAGAAACAGUUGCGAAGACAGAUAACCCACCUCUUUUGGGGACAAGAAGCGCCGCCUGGAAGAGUUGGAGUCCCAGGACAUGGAACAGCUGUAUCGCUCCAACGUAACCCAUAAUUUGUACAAGAAACUUAGUCAAUCCCGGACUGGCUUCAUGCCGCGGGCCGAAAUGUGCCGGGACAAGGACGGAGGAAUCUUGACGGACGAGCGUGAGGUGAUCGAAAGGUGGAAGCAGCACUUCGACGAGCACCUGCACGGCCCAGAGGCGGAGUACCAAGGCGACGGAAGAAACGACGUCAGCGGUAUGGUGGACGGCGAGGACGAGCCAGCAACCACGAUGAGGGAAGUUAAGGAUGCCAUCAAGAAGCUGAAGAACAACAAAGCAGCGGGUAAGGAAGGUAUCGGUGCGGAACUCCUCAAGAUGGGAACGGACAAGCUGGCUGCCUGUCUACACCGGCUGAUAGUCAAGGUCUGGGACACAGAACAGCUAUCGGAGGAGUGGAAAGAGGGAUUAAGUUGUGCUGUUGAGGUGGAAAUAAUAAAAUUAGUGAAUUGAGAGUUUAGUUCAGAAGCACUUAAAUUUCUGCUCAAACUGCUCUCGUGCAGAUUUGGCGCCUCGAUGACCUGGCCACUGGAGCUGGUGGCACCGCCAGCGUGCGUCUUCAGUUUGUACGCAUUGGUAAACAACCUCGUACAACCCUGACAUACUUCUCCCGUCGAGGAGGAGGGCGACGCCGACGGGUAAAUGCCACCACCACCACCGUCUUCCCGUUUAAUUUUCCGGCCGCUUCCCGCGCCACUGUGCGUCUUUAGAUGCCAGGUUAGCGAGCGCUGCUUGACAAAGUUCAUCACUGGAACACUUCGGAAACGUCCGGAUUGACCGUCGGUGUCGUGAUCUUCGCCGGCAAUUCGUCCUUGAGCAGCUGAAUCGACGAAUCAUCCUCGGCGGACACGCGGAACGAACCCAGGAGCGUUUUUUCUUGGCCGGAGAAGUUUCUGCAAAACAAAAAAAAAAUCCCGUCAAAAUUUUUAACGCAAAGCGCAACGCCUACCGCGACCAAAACCCCGCCCGUUGCUAUGCGCGAGCAAUGAAAAACAUAAAUAGCUGCGCGCGCGCUUGGCAACGCCCCCCUUGGAAACGAAUCAACAAGCCGAAAAGGUAUAUACCCGAGUGCACCCCUAACAAACCCCUCAUACCCAAACUGAAGAUGGCGGCGUACGGUCGUAUUUUUCUCUAUCUAAUCCGCAAUUUCUUUUCUUUCUUUCUAGCGCACCGCAUGGAUGUCUGGCGGUCCCGGCCAGCACUGGCCUAUGACCCGGAUGUCGAAUCGGGCAUCCGGGAUGAUGAAGAAGACGAUGACCUAGCAGAACUCGCAGUGGCCUAUUUCGGGCGGCUCAACGAGCUAGCCCGCGCUUCAGUGGUUCAUGAACCGAGGUCGCUCGCGGAACUCGCUUUCGCAGCGAUCCCGGUUCAGGAACCACUCGACGAUUGGACCUCUAAUCAGGUUUACUAUUUCGGACCUGCUGGGGUGAUUCUUGAAACGGAAUCACUCUCAGAUCAAAAUUCUCUCACUAAUUAUUUUGUUCCUAGCAAUUCGAUCGAAUCCGUGGUGGAUCCGGCACUGCCGGGUCCAUCAUGGGCUUUCCAAAUUCCAAAUCAAAACUAUUUCGACCAACCCGCGGUGGAUCCGCCGGAGUCGAAUCCAACCUCGGCUAUCAAAAUUCCUCUUGAUAUUUAUUUAGACCAACCUGAGGUGGAUUCGACUCCGCCGGAUCUCCCAUCGGGAACCAAAAUUCUCCCUGAAAACAAUAUUUUGGCACAUCCAGCGGCAAUUCCAACCGAGGAAUUGCCCGCUAAUCCAAAUUUCGAAGUUGAAAAUUUUGGCAACUGUCAAAAUCUCAGUUACCGUGGUUUACCACGGUUGCUGAGAUUGCGAUAUUCAAAAUUUUCAGUAUUUUCAAAGUAUUUAACUAGUUUUUGCGUUUGUUCGUUGGUUGCUAUUCUUGUUAUUGUUGAAUCGGUUUGAAAAGUAAUCUAGUGAGAUUUUUGGCAUGUUUUCAAAAUUUUGUGUGACUUUGUAGUUUGUUGUUUGUUUGUUAUAGCUGGUUUUAUUCUCUUUUAUUUUGGUUUUUGUUUUUCCUCAGAUGGAAACCUUGCCUCAGAUGGAAACCUCGCAACCUGUCAAAACUGGAAUACCAAAUCUUUUUGGAAACACAGGAGAUUUGAUCGCUGCUUAUCGGAUUCAUUCGGUCCUCGACGGGAGAUUGAAGGAGCUUUGGGGUGUGACGAAUUUUACCAAUGACCUGUAACCUGACUUUUUUUUUGAUGAAAUAAAGCUUGGAUGUCAUCGA